AUGACGAUAACUCCAAAUGGUGCGAAGUUCAUUACCGGGAUAAGCAUAGAUGGUAAAUCCGUGAAGCAAGAAGUCUAUGCGCAAGAGCUUGAGCGUGACAAGAUUUACGCGUUCACCAAGAAUGUGUUCCAAUGGGAUGAGGAGAUGACCAAAUCACAGAUGCUAGGAAAAGAGGUGACCAAGGAAUGUAUCUUCGCUACGGACAAUGCGUAUGUCCUCUAUAUCCUGGGAUCUGUUAUCUUCCCCGACUUUUCCGGUGCCCGUGUGAGUGCCAACUUUAUUCAUCUGUUGCAACCAUUUGACAAGAUUCACGAAUUCUCUUGGGGCACUGCCAUCCUUGCACACUCGUUGAACGGGUUGAGAAAGGCUUCUAGGACUGAAAGGAACCAAAUCGGGGGGAAUAUGGCUUUUCUGCAGGCGUGGAUAUAUUUGCACUUCCCUAUAUUUGCUGAAAGGGAUUUUGAGAACAAGGAAUUGGAUGGUAACUUUUAUGGGGACAUGUACACUUACAACAAUAAGGAAAAGUCCCAAGAUGUGGUUUAUCUGAAGUUCAGACGGCAAUUGGACAACUUUACGACAAACGAUGAUGUCUUUGAACCUUACAAGAAGGAUUUGGCCCAAGGAAAAGGAAAGAUGAUUAAGUGCGCCGAGCAACAAAGGUUGAUUGAUAAAUAUCCGAGAUUUGCUUCUCUUUUCUCAAUGGCUAUUCCCAGUGAAUCGUGGUUACUUAGUUUUGGAUCCUGA